CUUCUUCCUGCGAGUCCGUCUUUCUCGUCUCAGCGCCUCACCGAAGAGCAGGGUUAGGCCACGUGUGGAGCAGUGAUUAAAACUUGCAUUAGCUUUUUCGUUUUCCCGAUCGAUCUUAGUCGAGUAAACAACCCCGCAGACAGUCAAGAUGGUGAAACUGGCGAAGGCAGCGAAAAAACCGACAACUACCCCUAAGAAAAAGGCCCCACCGCCCCCUAAAGACGUGGACUCCAAUGAAGAAGAGGACAGCAGUGAAGAGGAAAACGAAGAGGUACCUCCCCCAAAAGCCAGCGCCAAGAAGGCAGCCACGCCAGCUAAAGUAACGAAAGCCGCCAAAAAUGGCAAAGUGGCACAGAAGCAGGAAAGUGAUGAAGACGAUGAGGAAGAUGCCCCCCCAGUCCCCGCCAAGGGCAAGGCCGCCAAGGGCAAGGCGGCGCCCCUGAAAAAAGCCGCCAAAGCUAAGAAACAAGAAUCGGAGGAGGAGGAUGACGAUGAUGACGAGUCGGAGGAAGAAGCCCCCCCACCCAAGAAGGCCACCCCAGCAAAAGCCACCCCUGCCAAAAAGGCCGCCCCCGCCAAGAAGCAGGAGUCCGAGGAGGAGGAGGACGAUGAUGAAGAUGAUGACGAGUCGGAGGAAGAAGCCCCCCCACCCAAGAAGGCCACCCCAGCAAAAGCCACCCCUGCCAAAAAGGCCGCCCCCGCCAAGAAGCAGGAGUCCGAGGAAGAGGAUGAAGAUGAUGAAGAAUCUGAGGAAGAGGCCCCUCCACCCAAAAAGGCCACUCAGGCAAAGUCUACCCCUGCAAAAAAGACCACCCUAGCCAAGAAGGAAGAGUCAGAGGAGGAGGAUGAUGAAGAAGAUGAUGAAGAAGAUGACUCAGAAGUCGAGCAGAUGGACACGACUCCGGCUUCCGCUGCUAAGGCAAAGAAAGCUGGUAUGGUGAAAGCAAAGGAGGAGUCUGAAGAAGAGGACGAUGAGGAGGACGACGACGACGAAGAGGACGAUGAAGACGAGGAGAGUGAUGAGGAAGAGCCUGCUCAGACUCCCGGGAAGAGGAAGAAGCCAGAGCCAAAAAAGAAGGAGACCCCACCUGCCAAGAAGGCAAAAUCUGAGCAAGAAGGCUUAUCUGCUUUUGUCGGAAACCUCAAUUCGGAUAAAAACUUUGAUGAACUCAAGGAGGCUUUGGGCAAUUUCUUUUCCAAGAACAACCUCCAAGCCCAGGAUGUCCGAAUUGCCUACAGCAAGAAAUUUGGCUAUGUUGAUUUUGCUACUGAAGAGGAUCUGCAGAAGGCUUUGGAACUGAAUGGGAAAAAGCUUCUGGGUUUGGAGCUCAGAGUGGACAGGGCAAGGAGCAAGCAGAAUGCCCAGCAAGACCGAGAUGAGAGGGACUCGCGCACCUUGUUUGCGAAGAACCUUCCUUUCUCCAUCACACAGGAGGAGCUGAGAGAAGUAUUUCAGCAGGCGGUCGACAUCAGACUACUGACUGCCAAGGAUGGCUCCAGCAAAGGAAUUGCUUAUAUAGAAUUCGAGACGGAAGCCGUUGCCGAGAAGGUCCUGGAAGAGAAGCAAGGAGCCGAUGUCCAGGGCCGCUCAAUCAUCUUGGAUUACUCUGGGAAGAAAAGCCAGAAGGGGCCCAGGAUGUCAGAAAACAUGGCUGGCAAGACACUUGUAGUCAAUAACCUAGCCUACAGUGCAACAGAAGAGUCACUCCAGAGCACAUUCGAGAAAGCAAUUGCUGUCCGAGUUCCACAGAACAAUGGCAGAGCAAAAGGAUACGCAUUUAUAGAUUUUGAGAACGCUGAGGAUGCCAAGGAAGCCCUUGAAAUGCACAACAACACCGAUAUUGAAGGCAGGACAAUCAGACUAGAGUACAGCAAGCUUGCACAGAAAUCGGACGGUGGCCGAGGGAGCUCUGGCCCCACCAAGACGCUUUUUGUCAGAGGUCUUUCUGAGGACACAACAGACCAGACUUUGAAAGACUCAUUUGAAGGCUCUGUUGCAGCCAGGAUAGUCACAGACAAGGAUGGAUCCUCAAAAGGGUUCGGCUUUGUGGACUUUGACAGUGAGCAGGACUGCAAGGCCGCGAAGGAGGCGAUGGAGGACUGCGAGAUCGACGGGAGCAGGGUGACGCUGGACUACGCCAAGCCGAAGGGCGAGGGGCAGCGCGGCGGUGGCCGGGGAGGUUUUGGAGGGUUCGGGGGCCGAGGCGGCGGUGGCAGAGGAGGACGCGGAGGCUUCGGCAGAGGCGGCGGCUUCCGGGGCGGCCGUGGGGGCAAUCGUGGUGGGUUUGGAGGAAGAGGCCGUGGAUUCGGUGGAGUAAAGCCCCAGGGAAAGAAGACGACGUUUGACGAUUAAACUUGUGUAUAUACGGUUGUUGUUUUUUUUUUUCAAAUGGACUCUGUUUUCAUUUUGAUUACUUCUCUCAAUGCGCUGACAGAGCCUUUGGACAUUCCAGGAAGUAACAACUAUAUAAAAUUAUAAAUGUGAUGGACACCUUUGCCUUCCCUCGCCCCGUAGCUGAAGAGAGCUGUUUGAGCUCAGAGGUGUGCUGACUGCCCAUGUUCAUCUUCAUUAACUUUUUCAAAGGGGUAAAAUGGAAUGCGACGCCCACCUGCACUGUGAAACAUGGUGCCGGUCUAGGUACAUACUGUACAUGUACAUGUGAUUUGUAUGACUUCAUUUUACCUUUUGUAAAAAGUGUAGUUUCCGUAUGUGUUUUUUUAUUUCUUACUUUUUUUUUAGUUUGCUGUAAAUGGAAAAGUUUUACCAUAAGAAAUGUUAAACAAAUUGUAACGGGUGGAAGAUUAAACAGACCCAGAGGAGUGUUUGGGUAUUUAGAUUCUCUGGUAGUUGCCUAUGUGUGCUGUUUGGAAAUGGCAAAGAUUUGUUCAGUGAGUUUUGUUGAUGUCCUUCAAGAGGAGCAUACGUUUUCUGACGGUGGAGAUCGGUUGUGGUCAGCAAAGACCAUUCGUAUUUCAUCUUUCUCUCUUUAACAUUAAUAAAUUGAUAUUUUCAAUUGUC